AUGUCUGACGACGAUGCCGCGGGAAGCCCGCAGCUGAGCCUGAGCGGGUUCAGCUCCCUCUUCUCCAUCUCCACCACCACCCCUCAUCCUAACCACCACCACCUCGACCUGCCGCCGCCCUCUCUCUCCCUCAGCAUCGGCACCGGCGGGGAGGAGCAUGAGGAGGAUCAGGUCGUCAGCAGCGGCCAGGGGACCACUGCCCGUGUCCGGAUGAUGAAGAACAGGGAGUCGGCGCUGCGCUCCAGGGCCAGGAAGAGGGCCUACGUGCAGGAGCUGGAGAAGGAGGUCCGCCGGCUCGCCGACGACAACCUCAGACUCAAGAGACAGUUCAAACAGCUUAAAACGGAGAUGGCCGCACUCGUCCAGCAGCAGCCAGCCAAUGGUAGGCAGAUCAGCAGCCCAAACAGAAGAAACUCCUCCAUGUAGUUCUAGACCUCUAGCUAGACCACGGCAUUUGCCUGCUGCGUCAUUUGAAUAUGCAUGGCCAGAGCCUACGAUUACUUCCACCACAAUCACUACUAUAGGAACUACUCCCACCGUUUCUGAAUAUGAAGACGUUUUAAGAGUUCAAUCCGAAUUCCCAUAACGUCUUAUAUUGAGGAAUGGAGGCUGUAAUCUAAAGGUUUGUGAAGUUGAAACGGGCUAACUGCUAUCUUAACAAGUUCUGUUGAGUUGAGUCUAGCUGGCUUGGCUCGAUUUGAAUUCCAGCCCUAGUAACGACCCUUUCAUUGAUAAUGUGUUCCGCUGUUAGCAAGUGUUA